AUGCCUGCCUCAUCCGGUGAGGUCUGGACGUCCUGGACAGUUCGCCAACUUCGGCAAGAGUGUGUGUCGAGGGGCAUCGACUUGACUGGCUGCUUCGAGAAAGAAGGCAUACUCCAAAGGCUCCGUGCGGCGAGUGCAGAAAAAGAUGUGCGAGAGGAGAAGUUGCGCGAGCCAUCCUGCCACGACGUCAACAUGAGCGGUUCCAGACACGAGGAUGGUUCUUCUGACCCCGACCCGACUAUCGAUUGGCAGGCCAAAACUAUGCGUGAGCUUCGCCGAGAGGGUGUACUGUUAGGUGUGGAUCUGAGAGGCUGCUUUGACAAGGCGGACAUCGUUCAGAAGCUUAAAGUUGCCAAAAAUAGCGUACCCGCUGAGCGAAGCAAAUCCCAGCACGACGGAGCAGAAGUGUCCGCAAUGGCACCAGUGCAAAGCCCCGAAGCCCAGCAGAGCCAUACAGCUCGGGACGCACCGCAAGCCAGCCCUUUGAAGAACGUGCAGCCAGCAGAAGAGUCUUCCGAGCAUGUGAUGCAAGAGCUUAGAGCCGGAGCUGAAAGCCGCCAGAGCCAGACCCGCUCCCCCAAGCGUAGGCAGCAGCCCCCUGGAGAGACUGCACCGGAGCUGGCGACAGAAGGCUCUCAAAGCAUGGAGCCAGGACAGGAGCCGAAGGCAGAGGAAGAAGAAGCAGAGCAGCAAGGAUCUCUCAGAGACAGAGACGAGCUCCAGAAGCGGCAAAGAGAGCCGGAGCAGAAUGGGCAGAAUGAGCAGAGCGAUGAGCCGCACAAGCAGCAGCGAAUACAGAGCACCUGGCAAGUCAAGGAUCCUAGAGACAUGAACCUAGUUGGAGAACCCUGCUACAACGCGGAUGCUAAGAACCACGUGCAUAGAGAGGCAGAAGUGCAAGGAUAUGCGCUGGAGGUAGUGCCAAUGAGAACCUUGAUAAAAGAGUGCAAGCUGCUGGGCAUCGAUGCAUCUGGCCUCUACGCAAAGUGCGAGGUGAUCAACAAGCUGAUGUCUGUCCUGGACCAGACGAUUGUUUACAAGACGGCAGCGAGCAAAUUUCGUGUCUUGCCUGAAGGGGAAGUUGGUUGCCCUGGAGACAUGCCGGAAGACUCCGAGGUUGCGCUGCCUGAGCCAGCCGGACCGCCAAUUGCAUUGUCUCCGUUCAAAGAAUCAGAAAGGCCCAAGACGCCGCCCAAGACAAAUUUCUGCCCAUGGUCGCUGGGUGACCCUAUCCUCGAAGAGGAACCCGAGGGGCAAGAAGCGGCACGAGGUGAAAGUGAAGAGGAGGUCGAGGAAAUCAUCAUGGACGUGCAGGAGGGAUCGGCUCUCAAGGAGCCAGGAAGCCCAUCCUCGUCUUCGAAACACCAGCCUUCGCAGGAGACUGUGGAAGGCACUACACGUUCCGGCGAAAAGGAGGAGGGGUCAGCUCCAAAGGAGCAGAGCAGUCCAUCCUCUCCGCGAUGCCUUCCCCAGGCCGGUCGGUUGGAUUCUGCAGAAUCGGCCAUUCCGCGACCGCGUGCGUCCAUCUCUGAACUUUUCCGGCUUUCUCUCUCCGAGCUCGAAGCAAGGUGCCUGUCCGAGGGCGUGGAGGUUGGUCCCGGUGACUCAAAGGGAGUUCUGAUCUCAAGGCUCAAGCAGGCGUUGUCGAAGUCGGCCACACUGGCAGCUUCCAGUGCUUCCAGUGCUUCCAGUCCCAGUCAACCCCCCUUCCCUCAGAAUACAGUGAGCCAGGCAGAACCACCGCAGGCAAGCCAACCUUUGCCCUCAGAACAUGCAUCUCCCCGUCCUGCGCAAGCCGAAGCCUGCUGCAAACAAGAGCCCGAGAUGUUCAACAUCGGGUCCGAUGACGGAAGUUGCGAGGAGCAUUCCGACACCGACUUCUUUCCGGACCUACAGGGACACAUGUUCGGCACCACAGACACCAGUAAGCCUGGGCAGCCUGAGUCUGAUGCUGCGGAGCUGGAGGGCAGGCCGGACUCUGAGCAUCCAGAAGCUCCAGCGUCGCCUGUCGCGAAAUCUUCAGAGAACACGGAGAACAUGGCGACUCACGUGCCAGACGAAGCAGGCGAAGAAGGAGGAAUGAGGGACAGCAGCACAGCUGACGAGCCCAGAAAAGAAUUCAGCACUCCAUCCGACUCCGAUCGGGAGAAUACAUCAGCCUUCAAUGCAACUCUGGCGGGUGCAAGUCAGGGUCCGGAAGUUUCAGCGGCGAGUCCAGGCAAGGAACCAGCAGAGACUGAGACUCCUGAGACUGCCGACGAGCUGCAAGAUUCGCAGGACCAAGAACCAGAUCUGGGAUUUCAAGACAGACGCAAUGGUGGCAGCAUGUUCGAUUUCGAUGACUUGGAUGAGGCUGAGGCAGAACCUCCCGCGACGGUGCCAGUGCCACAAAUGGAAGCCUCGAAAGUCUCGAAUGCAAAGCCGGAGUGCCCUUUGCCGGAGAAGCCGGAAGAAACGACCAGGCGGCAGGCAGCUCAGGCUCCACAGGUGCCUCAGGAUCCUGAGAUUCCUGAGACACCAAAACCAGGUGAGUCCCAUCCACUGCUUCGGUUCUCAACGAAGGAGCUGCUUGAGCUGGCCAGGUCGCGUGGUGUGGAUGUUCGCGGCUGUGUGGAGAAGAGUGACAUCGUCGAUCGCCUCACGCGAUCACCGCGGCUAACAGUCCAGCCAAAGUUUGAGGCAGCCCCACGCAGCAGCGCCUCGCCACAGAAGCCAUUUCCUGGAUCUGAGCCGGCGCGGCUUCCGAAGGCCGCUUCGAAGGCACCACCAAGGCCCAAGUCCAAGGCCACGCCAUCAAGACCAGCCCCAAAACCUGGAAGUUCACCAAUGCCAGAUCGUGCGAAAAGGGUGGACUAUGCAAGACCCCCCCCACAGGUGCAGGCGGCCAAGGCUGCGGAAGCAAGGCUUGCUGGAGAGGUUCCCGAUGGAUGGAGUGCCAGGAUACAGACAUGGUUCGGGAGGUAUCCAGGCUUUUCGGCACUCCUACCUCCAGAAGCCGAAAUGUGGACAGAUCAAGAACUGGACGUGUACUUCGGCAGCAAUGGUGACAUCUGGCCGCGAGGCAAGAGGCCAGCCUGGUUUGGGAGAUCAGCUGAGGGCGAAGAGGCCAAGCCGAUCCCAAAGCCUCAAGGUCCACGGACAUACCCGGACCUGAAAGUGCACUUCCAGACUCUCGACUUAGCUGAGACCACGCCGCCUGAAGUCAUCAGGCGGCACUAUCGCCGGCUAGCCAGAGACUGCCAUCCAGACAAGCAUCCAGACAACGUUGAGGAAGCAACCAGGCGGUUUCAGCAAAUUACCGAGGCCUACGAAGCAAUUGCCAACAGGCUGAAGUUGUGA